AUGUCCGACGCUGCAGCAUCCACCAAUCCUUUGAAACGCGCCGGUGAAGCCCCUGCCGCCCCCACCCCCGACAACAAAAAGAGCAAAGCCGCGGCUGAUCCGACAGCGGGAGGUUCCAUGGACGUAGAAGACGACGAUGAACCUGAUGAUCAUGAUGACUUCGCCGAAAUUGAUCCCAGUAACAUUAUUUCGGGCUCGCGUACGCGUGGAAAGAAGAUAGAUUACAGCAAAGCCGCCGAGGCCGAGGCUGAUGAAGACGAUGAUGAAGAUGAAGACGUCGUGCUUGGAGACGAGACGAUGGAAAUGGACGAUGAGGAAGAGAGUGGCGAGGAAGACGAGGAAGAAGAGGAAACCGAAGCAGCCUAA